AUGCUACGUCAAUCAGCUUCAAGACUACUUACCCCAGCCUUGAGGUCAUACAGAUCUCGACCCCUUUCCACUACAACCCCAUCUCUCAUCAAAAUCCGAUCUUCUAAUCCCAAACCACCCAAACCUCCUUCUUCCAACGAUCAACCAUCUCCUGCAGAGAGACCACCAACUGUCCCAGAGGAUAUACCAACCUCUAAACCAUUCGAACCUAUCACUUCUUCUCCUGGUGGAACCACUCCACCUAAGAAUACCGCUGCUGGUCCUACUCCCACGCAAGUUGAAGCAGGUGCAGAUGGUGUACCUCUAACACCCCCUCAACCUGAAGGUAAUUCUCCUCCUAAAGCUACAGAAGCAAGUACUGCGACCCCAACUCCUGAAGCGGAAGCAGAACCUGCAACUGGAGUACCUCUCGAACCACCUACCCCUGAAGCUGCGGCAGAGGAAUUACCUACAGAUUACAGUAAGAUCAAACUUCCUUCGUUGGAUAUUGACCCGGAAGCUCAGGCGUCCAUUGCGGAACCGGAAAGUGAGUCGGAGAAAAGGGAGAAGAGGACAGGAGCGGGUAAAAGAGAAGAUAAGACUUCUGCAGAGAAGACUAGGAGGGUUUGGAUAAGGUAUGGUUAUGCUGCGUUGGCUGUCGGUGGGAUUGCGGCGGUAUUGACUAAAUCAAGUGAUGAGGGUGCGACUGGAUCUACACCAGAGAACCAGGAGGGGAUAGUGACCAAAUUUACCAACAACAUAUCUGAGAUAUUCGAUUACUUCAACAAACCAGCCUUCAAAACCCUUCUUCCUGAUCCUUUACCACCUCCUCAUCAAAGACCUUACACACUAGUCAUCGACUUGGAAGGAUUGCUGGUACAUUCAUCAUGGGAUAGAGCAUCAGGAUGGAAAACCGCCAAGAGACCUGGUGUAGAUUACUUCCUAGGUUAUUUAUCGCAAUUCUACGAGAUCGUGUUAUUCAGUUCUGCACCACUCUAUACUGCUGCAGCAGUAGCUGAAAAGUUGGAUCCCUACCAAGCUUAUUUGCCUUAUCGAUUAUUCAGAGAAGCCACCAGAUACGUUAACGGAAAGGUCGUAAAGGAUUUAUCUUACCUCAAUCGAGAUCUGUCGAAAGUCAUCCUACUAGAUACCAACCCUGAACAUGCCGAACUUCAACCUGAAAAUUCAAUUAUCAUCAAACCUUGGAAUGGUGAACCUAGGGACAAAGGUUUGGUGGAGAUGAUUCCCUUCUUGGAAUCUAUCGGUAUAUUCAACCCUGCCGAUGUGCGACCGAUCCUCAAAGCCUAUGAGGGAAAGAACAUUCCCGUUGAAUAUGCCAAGAAAGAAGCAGAGGCGAAACAGAAAGCUAUAGAAGAUUGGGAGAGGAUGCACCCUUCUGCCAUCAGUGGAGCGGGAAGUGGAUGGUUGAGUAGUAUGUUUGGAAGUGUUGCGGCGUCCGGCUCAACGAGACCUAAUCAACCUAUGACAUACCUCGAACAGAAACGUGCCCAAGCUCAAAAAAUAUAUCAGGAAGAACAGAAGUACUGGGCUGAGCACGCUGACGAGUUCAAGAAAUUGAUUGAAGAAGAUAAGCAAAGACAAAUAGCAGAGAUGAAAGGAUCCAUCUUAGGGAUGUUGGCGGGACCUAAACCUCAGGAAAGUGAACAGAAGAAGUAA